UUAAUCCUCAAUUUGAGUGCCCAAACCGACAUACACUUCACAUGGCUGCCCCAACAAGUUUCCUGAUGCUUUAUUUUGUGUGCGAGCUUAGCAUUGCCUUGGCAGCAACUCCCAACAUUACCACAGAUCAAUCUGCUCUUCUUGCCUUGAAAGCUCAUAUUUCUUUUGAUCCCCAAAAUCAUUUGACAAAAAACUGGUCCACUAAUACUUCCGUUUGCAAUUGGAAAGGUGUCGUCUGUGGUUCUAGGCAUAACCGAGUCAUGGUCUUAAACCUUUCUUUCAUGGGCCUUGUAGGUACCAUUCCUCCUCAUAUCGGAAACCUUUCAUUUCUUGUGAGCCUAAGCAUGGAAAACAAUAGUUUUCAUGGCUCAAUCCCAAUUGAGUUGUCUCAUCUUACUCGGUUGAAAUUCUUUGACUUUAGAUACAAUGAAUUCAAUGGAGCAAUUCCAUCACAGAUGGGAUCGCUAACUAAACUUAGAACAUUGUAUCUUAACAGAAACAAUUUCAUAGGUACUAUUCCACCAUCUUUGUCUAACAUAACUACAUUGCAAGCUAUUAGUCUUGGAUACAAUCAGCUUUCAGGUACCAUACCUUCCUCUAUCUUCAAGAUAUCUUCCUUGCAAGAAAUUUAUCUUGGAGUGAACAAGCUUUCAGGACCAAUGCCCUCCAUUUUCUUCAACAUAACUUCACUACAAAUCAUUGAACUCAGCUACAAUAUGCUAUAUGGUGGACUAUCUACACAUAUGUUUGAUCAUCUUCCCAAUCUACAGUAUCUUUCUAUUUCUAAUAAUCAAUUGUCAGGUGAACUCCCGAAAAUAGGGAAUUUAACUAUGCUUACAGAGCUAUACCUUCAUGACAACAACUUUGAAGGAACACUACCCCUAGAAAUAGGGGAUUUAACUAUGCUUACAGUGCUAUACCUUGGUGACAACAACUUUGAAGGUAUGUUUAGUCGGCUAUCAACCUCCAAUAUAUAG